AUGCCACGAACCCCCGCCAUGUGCCACCACAUCACGACCCGCUACACCUGCGGGCACAGCUUCCUCCCCUCCCCCGACGACCCGCCGUGCACGCGCAGCUACGCCGAGCACCAGAAGGUGCUCAGCUACUUCAAGGCCAAGAAGACGGGCGAGAUCUGUCCGGGGUGCAGGACGGGGCGGAGGCUGAUUAGGGAGGAGGCGCAGGAGAUGGUGGAUUGGGAGUAUGCUCAGAGGGCGAAGAAUGCCGGCGCGGAGGGUGGUGGGGGUGGGGGGAAGGUCCCGCAGGGGGCGUUUUAG